UAGGAGGGACAGUCCUGAACCGAGCUCAUAUCUGUUCUGUCGUUCACCACCGCAAAGAGAGAGAGAGAGUUUUUAUGUGUCCGCUGGUUCUGAUGAACGAAAUCAGCCGUGACUCGGAGUGUGUUUCUUAACCCGGGAUAACCAUCCUCCCACAUGCGCUGACACGUCUCCAGAUAUUACACACAUCCCGUCGGGCGGCAGAGGGAGCAUUUACUGGGGCUGCGUUGACACACUGUGCAACUCACACACACACUCACAGCAAAGAGGGGGAAGAUGUUAAUGAAGGAGUACAGGAUAUGCAUGCCACUCACGGUGGAGGAGUACCGGAUUGGACAGCUGUACAUGAUCAGUAAACACAGCCAUGAGCAGAGCGAUCGAGGGGAAGGGGUGGAGGUCGUCCAGAACAUACCAUUCGAGGACCCGACACACGGCCAAGGACAGUUCACAGAGAAACGGGUCUACCUCAACAGUAAAUUACCCACCUGGGCUCGAGCAGUGGUUCCCAAAAUCUUCUACGUGACAGAGAAAGCGUGGAACUACUACCCUUACACCAUAACAGAAUAUACUUGCUCAUUCCUGCCUAAGUUUUCCAUCCACAUAGAGACAAAAUAUGAGGACAAUAAAGGAUGCAAUGACAAUAUCUUCGACACAGAGCUAAAGGACCAGGAGAGGGAGGUGUGCUUUGUAGACAUCGCCUACGAUGAGAUCCCUGAGCGCUACUAUAAAGAGUCUGAGGACUUGCGGUAUUUCAAAUCAGAGAAGACGUCACGGGGGAUCCUUCAGGAGGGCUGGAGAGACACCCACAACCCCAUCAUGUGCUCGUACAAACUGGUCACUGUCAAGUUUGAGGUGUGGGGUCUGCAGACAAGGGUGGAGCAAUUUGUUCACAAGGUGAUUCGUGAUGUGUUACUGCUGGGACACAGACAAGCAUUUGCAUGGGUGGAUGAAUGGAUUGACAUGACAAUGGAUGAAGUGAGAGAGUUUGAGCGGACCAUACAGGAGGCCACCAACCAGAAGAUCGGGAUGUUCCCCCCGUCCAUCUCCAUCAGUGAGACACCCUUGUCCUCCUUUGCCCUCAAUGGCCCUGCCAGCGCCCCCUCCACCCCCAUGUGCACUGAUGCACCCGAGUCCCUCUCUGUCCCCAAGGACCGUCCCCGAAAAAAGUCUGCUCCGGAAACCCUGACCCUUCCUGAGCCUGUUUCAAGUGGCGCUCCUCAGGGCUCUGCUUUGAGCCCGCUACCCGUGUCAAACCACAUCCAGACAUCCACACCACCUUCCUCCAACUCUGACCUUGCUGAGAUAGAUGAACAGUAAAAGGAGCCUUGGGACACCAUUACCACCCCCCCCCCCCCCCAACUCAUUCCACUCAACCCCACUGUCUUAGGAGCCAAUGACAAUAGAUCAACCUCCAAACACCAGUGCCCAAACAUUCUAGUUCAAGUUUGCCAGACAUAGCCAGUGAUUUUUCAUAAUCUUGAGUAUAGAAAUCCUAAUCCGUUUAGUUGAUACCGUCCGGGCAGCUGUAGUUUCAGCCACGAUGACACGCUGAGUAAGCUAUCAUAACGGACCACCUAUGAUGUCUAAUCAAAACAAAGACCAUCUGAUAUUAUUAUGGUUGAGUGGCUGUACCGUAUGUUAUACGAAGUGAAUUUUCAUCAUUUCCUCAGUUAUGUUUCUCCAAUGAGAUGAGCUGAUGGCUUUUGUGCUAUUGAACUAUGAAGUAGUUGCCUUAGCACCACAGGGCCAGUGGUGUUUAUGAGUUUGACAGUGUGUGCAAAUGAAUGACACACAUUAGAAACUAAAAGUGACAUAAAUGACACAGACUAGCACAGUAGACCUAUUAUGUUAAACUAGAAAGCCAAGUGCCCUCGUAAAUCUGCUGUGUCCAGAGGCAUUCAAAGUGGCCUGUGGAUCAGACUGUAGUAAUCAUUUUCCAUCCCAAACUCAGAAUAUACUUGAGAUGCAAGAUCAGUACAAUCAGUACAAUCAGUACAUAGAUUUUACACCUCAGGUCUCCCUGACUCUACCUGGCUCACCCUCCAAAAGCAGGGAUAAUAUUGUUCUCUCCCUGCUUAUUGCCAAACAGCCGCCUUUUAUACCUCCACAAAUAUUACAAUACAAAUAUUGUAUGACUAUAUUAAUCUACUUAACUGUUAGAAUGUUUACACAUUAUUAUCCUUGAAGCAUUUGCAUAUAAGCAGUAACAUUUAAGUCAAACUGAUAUUCAAUCUGCGUGCAUGGUUUUGGCAUGACUGGUAAAUAGUUCUAAAAUUUCUUAAAACUCCGGUUUUAAUACUGCGUAUAUCUUACUCUCGACGAUCUUGACUUGAGUGGUCAAAGUACUAAAGAGAACUCAUGUUGCCUGAAGUUAAUGCUGGACACGUCAUGUGACAUAAAUGUGAUCCAAUUUUGUUCAAUCACUUCAAUCACAUAAACGUCAUGUGUAGGAAUAAGGCCAUCGUAGUGCACAGUGGAGGUGACAAAAACCUGACGGCUAAUUUGAGAAGGAGGGCACAUGCGUCAAGCUGACUUGAGUGUGUGCUAUGUUAGCUACAUAGCAUUUGCAGGAUUUUUUUUUUAAAUGAGAACAUUCUUUGCAGUGAACCAUGGGCUUGUACUCGCAUACUUUCUACCAUGGAGCCUAACGGAGAAACAAAUCAUGGUGACAGAACGUAGUUUGGAUGGAAAACUCCUCUUUUUUCCCCAUUCAACAAUGAUUCAAAGAAAGGGUUUCUAUAUGCUGCAUGGAAUGAUCAUAACAUAUAUACAUAUUAUAGGAAGUAUAUAUGUAUAUAGACUAUAAAUGGCUGGAUUGGUACAGUUUAUUUAGUAACUGUUUGAAAGUAGUGAAUGCUUACUACUUUACUUACUAAAAAGGAGAUUUUGAGUGAAACGUAAGCAUGCCCAGAGGAUAUGCUGUAGGCCGACAGACUCUUUCAACUCAGUGCCUCUGCAUGCAUCAACUGUAUUGUCAUCUCCAUAUGUGUCAACUAAAAUCUCGUAUAUUUCAGCGAAACACAAAACUCCAUUACAUUAACCUGUGUCUGUUUUCUAUCUCAGAUGUCGCAAAUUAACCUAUUAUUAAAAGUGGGGAUGACAGCAACACAAACAGCCUAACAACGUGCAACGUGAAUCAGAUCAAAAACAAUCAUAUCAAACAAUGUCAUCAGACUUUCAAGUAACAGGGCUAACUUGAUAUUACCUUUUAAGGAAACAUGUCAAUUUAUGUUCUAUUGUUCAGGCCAGUUACUUCUAACUUUACCGCGCAAAUGCAUUUUGCACUUUUCCGUCUUUGACACUUUAUUUGACAAUGAAGGAAUGUGUUACAUUACAGUCUUGUUGGGUUUGGUGGACCAAAGUUCUGUAAUACAGCAUCGUGAUUUGAAGAGAGCAGGUCAGAGAAAGUGGCCUCACUGGUCUUGCCAUAAAAUAUUGUUAAUAUUAUGUACAGUUUCUCACUUGCCUUUUGUUAAAAAAAAAAAAUAAAUAAAAAGAAUUAUUAAAAGAACUGUAGCUAUUUAUCUGUAACUGUAGCUUUGUGUUUGCCUUUUGAGGAUAGAAAUGUUGUAUACCAGCAUGUGGCCCACUGUAUUGAUCUAUUAUUCAUAGAUUAUACACAAUAAUGACUCUGGUAUUGACCAUCUCUCUUGUCAGGAACACAGAGAUCCAGGGAUAGGUUUGAUCUCCCAUGGGCUGCUGAAAAUAAUACAAAAUGUCAAAUUGUGUAACAUUAAGCUCUGCUCUGUUUAAUAGAGUAACAUAAGGUAUUGUAAAUACUGUUAUUGAUAUCUAAUAGAGUAGGUUUCUUGGAUGUGGUCAAAGACUUCAACAGAGAAGGAUAUUAUUUAGUGCGGCAUCUUCACGGACACAAUUUAAAGGUUUGUUUUACUUCAGGAGCAAUGCGAGAACGUAUCUAUGAUAUUGUCAUUAUUGAAAAUACUGAAAUCAGUUCAUUUUCCUUUUUUUUUUUCCCCCAAUCGAGUCUCAAGACUCCUCAGUGUAGUGGCAUACUUUUGACUCCUUUUAUUUUGGUACCUUUGCAAGGCAAAAAUUAUUUGUACAAAUUCUAAAACAAAAUGACGCUUUUCUUUUCAGUUGGGUGGCUGCUUUGACGUUUAAUUGCCAUAUUAAGUAAAAGGUAUUUGGCCUUUUUGUUGUUUCUUUUCUUGUAGUAAACCUGCUGUACUUUGAUUUUGUGUUCCCCCUUUCCGCCCCGAUGCAUUGGGCCAGGCUGUCAUGCUGUCUUCUGAUAACUGGUGCCUUCCAUCCAGGAUGGCUGAGUUAGCUGGAGAACUGGUUGUGAUUUUUGAUUGUUCCUCUUUUUUCCAUAAUCCUGUUUUGAUGGGCUUCUGGACGUUGCUCUUAGUUCUUCCACUUUAAACUAUUGUUGUAUUUGUUAUAUUUUUAUUGCCCUCUGAGGUAAAUUAGACUCUUUGUUGUAAUUAUUGUUUCUUUUUUCUGAAAUAGACAAUUAAACUUUACUAGUUAUUGGAA